UCCAUUCAAUCUUCUUCUUUUCUUUCUUUUUUUUUUUAAUUUUCCUCUUCCCACGGAACUCCUCCUCUUUACACCAUUGAAGAAGAUGUCAAGUCCUCUGAUCGACCCUUCUAUGAUCACCGCCUAUGCACAGAUCAGAACUCGAACUUCUCAACGUAGAGUAUCCGUUUGAAUACCAGUGACUGAGAAAAAUUUCUCGUCCGACACCCCUUACAAUAUAGCAAGAUUCUCUAUAUUUAGUUGAUCAUCUAAUCCAUGUUAAUGUCAUGCGAUUGAGUUAGUUGCCUUAUACGAGUUGCUGCUCUCGCACACAUAGCAUAUAUAGUAUGAAGACUUAGCCCAUCUCAAAAUUUGACAUCUGAUACCCCUUUUCUACCUAAAUUCACUUUUAUCAUCGAGUUGUCGGAGGUUUGCACGUAAGGUAAAUUUAGACGAGUUCGCCAUCAAGUGUGUAAAUCAAGAUGAGACGUAACAGUGAAUGUGUUUAAUGUUAGUUGCUCUUCUUAAAUUGAUACAAGCCGUUCAACGAAACGACGGCUGUAAAAGUUGAAAAUUUUCUGAGCACCUUACUGUGCUGUCACGCCCUAAGCAAUCCAAGUAGAAAUCCCCUCUCCUUUCUGUUUUGUUUUGUUUUUCUAUUUGGCAGCACACACACUCUCUCUCUCUCUCUAGUUUUUCACUUCCAGUGGAAAGCAAAAACCAGCUGCACAAUCCGCACGGCAUUCUGCUGCUGCCAGAUCAACGGAAGAAUCAGAAUGAUGCCGCUAAUGUGGUGUUCUGCACCACCGUCGCCACCGCCGGAAGCGAUGGUGGGUACGUUAAUGGCAAAGAAAGAUGGAAGCUCUAGGAGUGUGGUGAUCAAUAUGAGGGGUGCAGGUACAAAUAAUGGGUUCCCAUCGUUCCUUCCAAAGGAGGUUGAGAAAAUUAAGGACCCAUAUGCCAGAAAGUUGGCUCAGAGGAUGGAGAGGCUCCCUGUGUCGAUUGGGUUGUCGGAAAGUUGUAUCAUGAGUAGUUGUGUAAGGCCUCUAAAACAAAGUGAGAUCAAUCCGGUGGUUCUCCUCCAUUGCUUUGACAGUUCUUGUUUCGAAUGGAGGUGCGUGUACCCCCUGCUUGAAGAGGCCGGGUUGGAGGCUUGGGCUGUUGAUGUUCUUGGGUGGGGCUUCUCUGAUUUAGAAAGGUGUCCACCAUGCAGCGCGGCAACCAAGCGGCAUCACCUCUAUCAGUUUUGGAAGUCCUACAUCAGAAGACCGAUGGUAUUAGUUGGACCAAGCCUAGGUGGUUCUGUUGCAAUUGACUUUGCAUACCACUAUCCAGUAGCUGUUGAAAAGCUGGUUUUAAUCAAUGCAAGCGUCUACGCAGAAGGCACCGGAUACAUGGCAAAGUUACCUAAAGCUGCGACCUACGCUGGGGUUUCUUUAUUGAAGAGCACCCCUCUACGCUUCUACGCAAAUAUGCUGGCCUUCAACGACAUUUCAUUAGCUACAACCUUUGAUUGGACUAAUGUCGGACGCUUACACUGUCUGCUGCCUUGGUGGAAAGAUGCAACAGUCAGUUUUAUGAGUAGCGGAGGCUAUAAUGUCGUUUCCCAAAUAAAACAGGUGAAGCAGAAAGUACUAGUGAUUUGCAGCGAGCAAGACAAUAUUAUCAGCUACAAACAAAUAUUGAGGCUGCGUUGUGAGCUUUCGUCUGCAAUCAUGCGGCUAAUACCGGAUAGCGGUCAUCUCCCUCACGUUGAUAAUCCUGCCUCCAUUGCAAAACUAAUUGCAGGGUUUGCUCGGAACGGUCGUUGCUGAGAGAAUCCCACCUCUGGUCCUCUGUGGCAGAAUUAUAGGACUUACUCCCUGCUAAGAGGCCCGUUCUUCUUCUUAGCAAUACUAAGUUUUUCUUUAAACACUUCCUUUUAUAGUUGUGAGCUAAAGGAAGAUUUAGCGCAAAACCAAGCGUAAUGAUGUUAUAUAGUUCAUACAGCCGACCCCAUUAGGCUUCGUUGUUGUUGUUGUACUUAUUUUUAUAGUUGUGGUUGUAGUUCUAGGACUUAACAUUUAUCAUAUUUGUUUAUAUAAUGUGAAUUUGAAUAAGAGAUUGAACAACUA